CCUCUAACUGUGUCUCUCGGAUCAGUCGAUGCUGUUGGGGCGAACCAGUGGACCGACCAGACCGCGAGCUCGUGCGGACGCGAGACCAGAAUCAGAACUUCCCCCAGUGGUUUCUCAGUUGUCUGAAACGGUUUCAUUUGAGAGUAGACGAGCUGUUUUUGCUCUGACAGUCGGGCUUCUUUUUUUUCUUUUUUCUUUUUGACUGGGAAACAGAACAUAGAGCGGGUUUGAAAUGUUUUCUGAUUAAUUAAUCGACCACUAUCGGACAAAUCACAUACUUGUGAUAUCAGAAGCGGGGGCAUCUUAAUGUGGAGACUAUGGUGAAGCUGCCAUAUCGUCGCCACCAUUAACCUUUAUUCCUCCUGGGAUAAAGACGCACUGAGACACAGCUGAUCCAAAGAGGUCAGAGGCUUGCUGACCCAGAUUCUCUGCAGGAGCACAUGGAGGUCCUGCGGAGGUCUUCUGUGUUUGCCGCGGAGGUCCUGGACGUGUUUGACCGAUCGUUGACCGAGAAGGAGCUGGUGUCCCAGUCCAAAGCCUUGUGCAGAGACUACAUCCUGUCCAGACUCAACCAGAACGGGCUGGGAUGGUCCAAGACGGAACUUAACCUCUCUCCGUCAAAUGCGGCGCUCGCUGAGGUGUCUUUGGUGCUUCUCUGUCUUGGCGAUGAGCUGGAGUGUAUACAGCCCAGUUUGUACAGGAACGUGGCGCGGCAGCUCAACAUCUCUGUUGCCAUGGAGAACAUGGUUUCCGAUGCCUUUAUCGGCGUGGCGACGGAGAUCUUUUCAACAGGUAUAACAUGGGGUAAGGUGGUAUCCAUGUAUGCAGUAGCUGGAGCCCUGGCAGUGGACUGUGUCAGACAAGGACAUCCGACCACCGUUCACAUCUUAGUGGACAGUCUGGGACAGUUUGUUCGCAAGUUCCUGGUUCCCUGGCUGAAGAGACGGGGAGGAUGGGCGGAGAUCACAAAAUGUGUGGUGAAGAAGGAUCUCACCCCUGAACGCCACUGGCUGUCCUCUGUCAUCGAGUCCCUGAAGUACUUCCUCACCGCGAUGUACGUCUACGUCAUGAAGGAACCGUGAACGGCCGAGACAGCGUGCACGGGAGUCAUCGUGAUUGAUUGCUGGGAGAUUGAAGUCUCAGACUUGUCAAUAAAAGCUGGGGUGGAGACGGUGACUGUGCUUCAUGGGAAUUGAGACUGCCAGCAGAUAUCAGUCUGUUGCUGAUCAGCAAGUGUUUCAUCAGCGUCAUGUUUGUGUUAUCUCGGUAUCAGAUGAGUGUUUAAGUGAUUACGCUUCAUCCAAAGAGUAGUCACCGUGAUAUUUAAGUGCUUAAAUGACAAAGUACGAAGUUUGUCUCACUCCACCUCCUCUGUAUAUUUUCACACUACUUACACCAGUGCAGUAAACCAGGCUUGUCCAGUAUUGUUACUUUAAUGUGUGAUGGUGUUCAGGGUGACUGUGAGCUGUCGGAAGCUGUUUUUACUCCCGAGAUAAACAGUCUGGUGUUUUGAUGUGAUGUUUGUCUCAGAAUAUAUACCUACUGGUGUGAUGAAAAGGUGGAAGCCUUGUUUGUAAUUUAAAUUGAUGCUCAGCUGGCUGGGUCUUAUGAGUUUUCUCAGUCUGGAAAGGACUGGUAUCAAAUGUUGAAGCAAAGGAGGUUAGUAUCAGGUGGUAUCAACUGCUUACACUUCAUGGGGUUAAUCUACGCUAUUGUACCAUACACCAAAGCAAAGCAGAGUGUCUCUUUCCAACUAUAAUCCAAAAUGAUGUGACCUAAUUAAAGUUUCUGCUGCACUUUUAGACACGAUUGAUCAAUAAACGUUGGGUCUCGUGCCCAUUUUUGGCCAAAGAACUGAAGGACAGAGGAAUGGUGCAUACUGGAUGCACAUAUUCUGGUGGUAAUCAUUUCCUUUUUAAUCUGUAAAUAGUUUAUUUAUGAUUUUAUUUUUUUAUUUUGAUGAUGACCGCUGCAGUGUAAAGAGAGCCGAUACUACAGCUCCUCGGGAUGAUUGUGUGGUAUGCCUGAUGGUUGUCACUUUCACAGUGUUAUAAAUGUGUCUGAAUGAUUUGUUUUUUUUAAUCCACAAUAAACUUAAACCUGGACCAAUUU